AUGGUUAUGCCUAGCGUCCGGCCUUCCGACUCAUCUUUUGAAAAAGCGGCGUUUUGGAUAUUGACUGGUUUGCUGACGAAGAGAGACUGUGGAUAUCAUUUUAUCAGGAAUUUGCAAGGACAUCUGAAACCUCUGGGAUCGCAUACGCCGCCGAAAAUCGAUGUGGACGAGUUUACAAUUGAAAAUGCUCCCAGUCCCCCGGAAUUUUAUGAAAAAUACGUCAAACGAAGCAAAGCUGCCAUAUUUCGGAGUGCAAUAAAAGGUAGCCGGGCGUUCAACUUAUGGACCGAUGAAUAUAUUCGCGUACAUUAUGGAGAAAUGGAAGUUAGACUGGAAGGGAAACAUGAAAAGCACCAUGUACCACCGGUUGGAGAAAAAUAUUUAGGAAGAGACACUUUACGUCACUUUGUAGACACGUACCACGAUUCCAAUGAUAAUACAUAUAUUGUGUCGGAUCUGCCCUCACCAAUGUACAAGGAUGUGGAUGUCGUUCCUUCACUGGGGGCAUGUGGUGAGAUGAGUCGCCGUAUUAUUGAAGUGGAUAUUUGGUGGAGCGGUGGUGGAACUUCGAGUAUUCUGCAUAAGGACGCUUUCCAUCAGAUGAAUUGUCUCGUGAACGGAACGAAGAAUUGGAAACUCAUUGAGUACAAAUACGAAAAAUAUAUACAUAAGCAUCCCGAGCCCGAAAGCGAACUUGGAGGCUUUUCGGACAUUGAUCCUCAAGCAGUCGAUUUGAUCGAGCACCCGCAUAUUUCAAAAACGGAAUGGUCAAACGUCACAAUAUACGCGGGAGACUGUCUUUAUUUGCCAAAAAGUUAUUAUCACCAGGUCGAAUCCCACGGAACCAACAACUUGGCGAUAUCUUUGCUUUUUGCGAGAUUUGAUAAUCGAAAGUCUUUGGAUUUUUCUGACUGCACCGGCAACAUCGAUUAUCAAAAAGCAAGACCUUUAAGUGAAUACAACGUUCAACUUGUUUGGAAAGGAACAGGAAUGAUGGUGAUGGGAAGAUCAGAUUUAGAAGAACAAUAUCGGGCAUCUCUUCUAAAAUUAACUAACGAUCAUGAAUCGAAAGGCAAACUGUGUAAUCUGGAAUCUAUUGAAAAAAUGUUUUGGGAAAUCGCACCACCAGAAGGACAACGAAUGUUGGGAGAUAUGAAUAAGGCAUUUCUAAUCAUGGAUAAAAAUAAAGACGGAUAUAUAUCGAAUAAAGAAAUUGCAGCGCUAACAAUUGAUGAGUUGAGGCUUAUUGGCGACGAGGUAUCCAUGUACGAGCCAUCCAACAGCUAUAAAUUUGAAUACUCUAUUAUAUCUUUUGAAAACGUAUGGGCAGCUCUUCAUUAUUAUUUGCACGAAUACGAUUCCAUAGACAGAGACUUGUGGAUCAGCAAAUAUAAGCUACUUGGUGGCACCGAAGAAUUUGGAGACGAGAUUUUCGAUAAGUUAUCGAGUGGAAAAACAAGUAUUAUAAGUAAAUAUUACGGAAGAUGACAUUUGGAAUGCUUUGGAGAACUGGAUUUAUUAUUGGGCACCACAGUAUUCCGAUUUACCCCAUAGGCCAGAGAAAAAGGACGGUCCGGCGCUAAUGAAAUUUCUCGAAGAUGGAGAAUUUGACAUUCUGGAA